CAAUACAACCACACCAUCAGCAUAACACCCGAGUCGGAAAUGCACUACGGGCAUACCCACCCCACCUCCCAUCUAAUCCUCGACCGUGCCUCGAUCGGGGUGGACACGCAUUUCACUUUCUCGACUGAUAUCCUAACCCAAACACGCAUGUGGCUGCAAUCUGUUCGACGGCUCCUCUACGCAGAAGUACUAAACCGUUGGCAGGUGCCAGUUAACAACCCCAUGUCUGCGAACCAGGCUUUUUUACUUGCCACGCGGAACGGGGGGCUGUCGCUGAGAAGAGAGGAUCUGGGGAUUAUUGCCCCUGGGGCGAAGGCUGAUUUGGUGAUUUGGGAUGGAGGGACGGGGCCGAAUAUGUGGGGGUGGAGGGACCCGGUUGCGGCGGUGGUGUUGCACGGGAAUGUUGGGGAUGUGGAGGGGGUGGUGGUGGAUGGGAAGUGGAAGAAGAGGGGUGGGAAGUUGACGGAUGAGAGGUUUGAGGAGGUGAAAAUGAAGUUUGCGGAGGUUGCGAGACGGGUGCAGGAUAGGGUUGUUGAGGCGGAGGUUGGGUUGCCUGGGGAGGGGGAGAGGUUUGUGGUUAGUGGGCUGGAGUUUGGGAACAGUACCGUGGUUGAUGUGCAGGUUGGGGAGGGGGAUGGGUAUGGGGGGUUGUUUUUGUGA